UCUCCGUCCUCCUCAGCAGCCUCUGCUGCAGCAUCAGAACCCGGUGUCUCCUGGAUGGAUCCAUGAAGAAAGACCCCCCCCAUCCCCUCCACACGGUCUGUCCCCUCCCGCACCACGAUGAUGGACCCCCAGCGAUUAACAGCGUCGUUGUGAUGAUGAUAUUGGGUUAUUUCAGCAAUCAAAUAUGAAUCAUGCAUUUGAUAUUUCUCGCCACUUCGCUUGUCUGCGUCCUCUCGCCUUGGCUCCAUCCAUCACUGGCUUCAUCCGUUACCCAACGAGUAGAGGACAAGGUUGAGAGGGGCACAGUGUCAGCAGUGCUGAAGCAACAGGCGACUGCAGCACCUGCUACUGACAACAUAACACAGCAUGCAGCAGAACACACCAUCACCUACCCCUCACGGCUGAUCUACUACCUGAAUGAGGACUCAGAGAGCACCCACCAUGACCUCAACACCCGAGCCAAGAACCAGGCCAAGGCUGACCAAACCAUCCAUCUUGCCCAAGCCAGUUUCCAGUUAGAGGCGUUCGGGACCAGAUUCGUUCUGGAUCUAACAUUGAACAAUGACUUACUGUCUUCGGAUUAUGUUGAGAUCCACUACGAAAAUGGAAAACCUGUCCAGUCUAAGGGCGGGGAGCACUGCUACUACCACGGCCAGGUGAGGGGGUGCAGCCACUCCCAUGUGGCCUUAUCUACCUGCAAUGGUUUGCACGGGAUGUUUGACGAUGGAAUCCAUGCGUAUCUAAUUGAGCCCUUACACCAGGCCCAUUUAAUUGAUUCAGCUGCAAGACCUCACAAAAUAAAGAGAGCAGCCUCAAUUCUAUCCGACCAUGGUUCAGAAGAGCUGGUGGAUGAAGAUGAGGAGGAUCUCUUUUCGGAGCUAAAUGAAUUAUCCUGGCUGAGGCGCAGAAAAAAACGAGCAAUGCCUCGUAACAUCUUUGAGGAGAUGAAGUAUUUGGAAAUCAUGAUUGUCAGUGACCACAGUAUGUAUAAAAGACACAAAAACAGGCAGCACACAAGAAAUUUCGCAAAAUCAGUGGUGAAUCUUGUUGAUGGUAUCUUCAAAGACCAGCUACACACUCGUGUGGUGCUUGUUGCUUUGGAGAUCUGGACGGACAAGGAUCAGAUCCCCAUAGGUGUGAUGCCGCUGGAAAUGCUGAGAGAUUUUUCCAAGUAUCGCCAGCAGAGCAUCAAGAUGCACGCUGAUUCUGUCCAGCUCCUCUCAAAUGUGACCUUCCACUACAGAAGGAGCAAUGCCGCAUAUUUUGGUGGCAUGUGCUCCGUGAGCCGUGGAGUGGGAGUCAACGAGUAUGGCACCACCUGGGCCAUGGUCGUGUCUCUGUCUCAGAGCCUGGCACAGAACCUGGGCAUCCAGUGGGACCCUGCAUCCAAGAGAAAAGACUGCGGAUGUGCAGGCUCAUGGAGCGGCUGCAUAAUGGAGGACACUGGGGUUCAACAUCCACAGAGGUUCUCCAAAUGCAGCAUCUCUGACUACAGGGAGUUCCUUUUAAAAGGCGGAGGCUCGUGUCUAUUUAACAGACCAACAAAGCUGUUUGACGUUGCACAUUGUGGAAACGGAUAUGUAGAGGUGGGAGAGGAGUGUGACUGUGGACUAAGAUCGGACUGUCACAAGGGCUGCUGCAAGAAGUGUUCUCUUGCAAAUGGGGCUCAGUGCAGCGAUGGACCUUGCUGCAAUGUUACAUGUCUGCUUUACCCGCGUGGCUAUAGCUGCCGGGAAGCUGUGAACGACUGUGACAUCUCAGAGACCUGCACUGGAGACUCUGGACAGUGUCCCGCUAACCUACAUAAACAAGAUGGUUACAUGUGUCAGGUGAACCAGGGUCGUUGUUACAGUGGGGAAUGCAAAACAAGAGAAAACCAGUGUAAAUACAUCUGGGGAUCAAAGGCUGGAGGUUCAGAGAAGUUUUGCUAUGAGAAGCUUAACACAGAGGGGACGGAAAAAGGCAACUGUGGAAAAGAUGGAGACCGAUGGAUCCAGUGUAGCAAGCAUGACGUGUUCUGUGGUUAUCUUCUGUGUACCAAUGUGGGGCGAACUCCACGCAUCGGAAUGAUGAAAGGAGACUUUACUCUCACCUCCUUCAAUCACCAAGGCAACGUGAUACAGUGCUACGGUGCCCACGUCCUUUUGGACGAUGACACAGAUUUAGGCUACGUGGAGGAUGGGACUCCCUGUGGGCCGUCGAUGAUGUGCCUUGACCAUAAGUGUCUACCCAUCCAGUCACUCAACGUGAGCACCUGUCCCAUCGGGCCUAAUGGACAGGUGUGCUCUGCUCACGGGGUGUGCAACAAUGAAGCCACAUGCACAUGUUACGCUACGUGGGCGGGGACAGACUGCAGCAUGCCUGACCCACCCAAAGAGCCUGACAUCACCCCAACCGAAGAACCCAAGGGUCCUAGUGCCACCAAUCUAAUAAUUGGCUCCAUCGCUGGAGCCAUCCUUGUGGCUGCCAUAGUGCUGGGGGGGACUGGAUGGGGCUUUAAGCUGUGCCUUUUAAAUGGAGUGGUGAGAGCGACAGCACAGACACAGAGAUACACAAAGAGCGAUAAGCCAGGACCAUUUUUGUUGCCUGCAGCCUUUGUGGCAUGGCUGGCCACACCCACGUGGAUGGCCAGGCUCGGACCCGACCACACCAGCUGCCAUUGCUGCCUGCUUCACAGACCUGAAAUGUGAAGAAGCGGCGUUACGACCCCAAUGCCCAGGCCAUUUAACUCGAGGAGAGGUGGCUGUUGUGGACGGACUCCUCCGAGACUUCCUAGGUUGGCUACUUGACAGCUGGACUGCACUUACUGCUGCUGACUUUUUUGGCAUUAGAUUUACUUGAAAAAGACAUAGUGGACAUUUAAGAAAAAUAAAUAAAUCUCAUUGUAGUGACAUAAAAAAAACGCAGCCUUUUUAACUCCACAUGUACCUCCCUUCCCUUUUUCCUUUUAGUGCCAGUGCACAGGCGUUCAGGUGGAAUCCCCAUCUUCUCACCUUGCAUGAUGUUACUACACACAAGGUGUGCUGCUUGCUGGCCCUCCUUGGCAUGAAAAGCCCUCUCCUUAGGGCUCGGCAUGGCUAACAAAGCUAUUCAUAUGGCGCAUAGAAAAACAUACAAAGACAAAAAAAGGACUUAUUUUUUGCAGGAGAAAGCCUGGUUAAAAACCAAAUGCUGGAAAAAAAAACAGUUUAAACUUAAUUUCCUGUUUAAGGUUCUGCAUGUGAGGACAAUGCAGACCAAUAAAGGAACAGGCCCACAUGAAAAUGCACACUGAUAGGGAGGUGGUAUUACUAAUCAACUGCUUGUUUCAUGAUGACCUUAGCUGCUUUAUUUUUCUUUUUAUCUUGGCAUCUUUUUACAGCAGACAUAACUAAACAAAAACAGAAGACAGGCUUGUUUGAUUUAGGUCAGACGGAGGAGAAACAUGUCAGAUUUAGAGGGAUCCAGACUAGUCUCCUCUAGCAAGAUCUCCCCCCCCAUGAAAAUUUGCUAACGGUGACUCAGAAGCCAAAGAAUUAAUCACCUGAACAGAUGGAUGUUGUUGCACACAGAGCACUUUCCUUCCCCCUCUGUCUGCAGCCAGUGGUGCCUCCCCCGCCCCCACUGGUAAGGGCAUGAAGUCCAUCCAUGCAGCAGGCCUUUGCCUUUCCAGCCAGGUCAUCAUCAGCACCCACCUUACUGGCAUUAGUCCCUUUUGCUCUCAUAAACUCCUGAGUAGGAAUCAAGUUUGGCUCUUCUAAAGAAGCUGCAUGCUAGCAAUCACUGUAGUGGGCUUAUAAAUCUAUAUGGGAGUCCCCUAAAAAAAAAAAUCUGCAAGAAAAAUAUGCUACAAGAGAUAGGAGCAUGUCAACAACCUGAACAUUUAACUUUUAUUUACUAUGCAAAGAGAGAUAUUGCACAAAGAGUAUGGGUAAUAGUGACAUCAAUGUAGACUUGGAAUUGCAUAAAAAAGCGGAUUACUUUUUUCUAUUUGGCCUCUGAAACAUCUUGUUUCGUUUGCUUUAAACAGGGUGAGCAAAAACAAAAUAUUAAAAACAACUUUUAAAAAUAUCAAAGUCCAUAUUUCUAGCAUAAAGCGAGAGAGCACCCUUUUACAUUUGUGAAAAUGUAAGUCAUUUCUUAUGUGUGUGUGUGUGGUUUUUUCCCCCAAAACCGUUUAAAUUUUUUUAACCACCCACUCACAGACAAGCAGACUGCAUGGAGCCUGUGCGUAACGAGGCCCGAACAGUUUCAUCAUGCAGGACCAUCAUGGUUUUAAGAACAGCUGUUGUUGGUGUGUUCCAGGUGCUUCCAGAAGCACCGGCAUUAUUGUGACCCUUCUAUGUUACUCAUCGUCUUCUGUCCCUCUCUCAAUGCAUCAUGUACAGUUGGAUCCAUUAAUAAACUACUGACAAAUUUUAA